AGCCUAAAAAUCAUACUUGAAAAGAGUAUAAACUCACCUUUUUUGUAUUAUAUUAUAUUUUGUAUUGUAAACAAUUCCACCUUAGGAACAGCUGAAAAAUUGACACACGUAGACAUGCUGCGUCUAAUAUAUAUUUACUACGGAACACUCUUACCGGGAUGGACCACCUUGCGGGCUUUCAGCCAUGGUCAAAAGCACUUCGUCGUUCUAUGGCUGAAAUAUUGGGUGAUCUACGCCAUGCUCCAGGGAAUCGGGGUCCUAACAGACUUCCUAGUUGGUGGGUUGCCAUUCUACGGCGCCCUCAAGCUGAUCCUGUCCAUAUGCAUCUGGUUCAGUGCCCCUUACAGCACCAAUCACCUUUAUGACUUUAUUGGUUAUUCCGUUUUAGGAAGAAUGGGACCAAUCAUCGCGUAUUGUAAUUGCUAUUAUCAUAUAUUGCGCCAGAAGCUUGUCCAUAUCCUCAUGCAAUCUGCACUGGUAACAACGAUUAUUGGGAAAGAUCAGGAUGAGCAAAGCAAAGGACCCCAGGUCAAUGGGCAUCUUUUGAAACGAGAACUGUCAUGUCUCCUGGCCGAUAUUGAAAUGGAUAAAGCUGACCAGGCUCGUCGGGCAGCUGACUUGGACAGUUUAGACCGUGAAUCAAUGGACUAUAUCAUCAAUUAUCUGUCUCAAAGACAGAAGGAUAACCAGUCUGGAGAUAUGAAACCAUCUCCGCCUUAUCGAUGGAGAAUGAGAUACAAUGCAACUCGCCAUUCCGAGUAGUUUCUUGAACUCUUGUUUGUUUUCUUGCCCUUGCAGACGUCAGUGAUUAAAUGCGGAAUCUGAUCUGAUCGGAGUAU